AAAUGCAGAAAAGGCCAUGACUGCUUUGGCAAGGUUUCGCCAAGCUCAGCUAGAAGAAGGAAAAGUUAAGGAGCGAAGACCUUUCCUUGCAUCAGAAUGCAAUGAAUUGCCCAAAGCUGAGAAAUGGAGACGACAGAUUAUUGGUGAAAUUUCCAAGAAAGUGGCCCAAAUUCAAAAUGCUGGUUUAGGUGAAUUCAGAAUUCGUGAUUUGAAUGAUGAAAUUAACAAACUCCUAAGAGAGAAGGGACACUGGGAGGUCCGUAUAAAGGAGCUGGGAGGACCUGAUUAUGCUAGAAUUGGCCCUAAAAUGCUUGACCAUGAAGGAAAAGAAGUUCCAGGAAACAGAGGUUAUAAAUACUUUGGAGCAGCUAAAGACCUACCUGGCGUUCGAGAGCUUUUUGAAAAAGAACCCCUUCCUCCUCCACGGAAAACUCGAGCUGAACUCAUGAAAGCUAUUGAUGCAGAAUACUAUGGCUACAGAGAUGAGGAUGAUGGUGUCCUCGAACCACUGGAACAGGAACAUGAAAAAAAAGUUAUUACAGAAGCAGUGGAAAGGUGGAAGGCAGAAAAAGCAGCACAUCUCGCAAGAGGUGACAAGGAAGAGGAGGAGGAGGAGGAAGAAAACAUCUAUGCAGUAAAUGACAACGAGUCUGAUGAAGAAAAUGGAAUGAAAACUGAUGGUGAGGAUAGUCAGCAGACGUUUAUUGCUCACGUCCCAGUACCAUCACAACAGGAGAUUGAGGAAGCUCUCGUCCGAAGAAAGAAGAUGGAACUUCUUCAAAAAUACGCCAGUGAAGCUCUUCUGGCUCAAAGUGAAGAAGCUAAAAAACUUCUAGGAUUAUAGUAAUUGCUCCUUCUAUUUUUGAUAGUCUAUCUUAAAACCACAGAUAAUCUUGAUUCUACAGAAUCGGUAUCUUCUUGAUUCUAUUGAAAUAAGACUUUGCAAGUUUUAGAAUGAAAGAGGUUUUUUCCCCCCAAAAUACAUUUUAUUACACAUUUUCACUAUCCUAAUUUAUGGGAGUUUAUUCAUUUUUAGCUUCCCCCUUCGAGUUCUAAAUAGUCAGCCUGCUUUGAAUUUAUCUUUGUCUACCUAUUUUCCUCUUUGUUUUUUGUUUUUUAAUUUUACCUUAGUAACGUAUCUAGUAACGGUAUUUAAUUUUGAAUUUUCAAGAAAACUGAAAUGUUCUAUAUAGUUAAUAUGGAACUAAGUGUUAUGAUAAUGGAGAAAACACUCACUUGGCUGGGUUUUUGAAAUGCUGAAUAUUUCAGCAAGUAAAAUUGUAAAUACGGUUUAUAAAAUCUCUCAUUUUUUAGUAAAACUUUAUGCAGA